AUGAAUGGAAUCAAAGAAAUCAUAUACAGCCUCGAGGUGAGGCCUCGCAAUCGGACCACACCGCUGCGCGUUCUGGCUGUCGGGCCGUCCAGGUCAGGCACGGGCUCGCUACGGGAAGCACUACUUCAGCUCGGCUACGACUACACCUAUCAUGGUUUCGACACCGUGGUCCACCCAGAAGACGACAUACUUUGGCACCGACUCAGGCUAAAGCGCGAAAAGCAGGGACCAGGAAGCCUGACGGCCGCUGACUUUGACCAAGUCAUUGGCCACUGCGCUGCCAUCACCGACCAUGCAGCUGCCGCCUUUGCUUUGGAUCUCAUAGCGGCAUACCCGGAGGCCAAGAUCAUUCUCAAUGUUCGAAAAGAUGUGGAUGCGUGGCAUAGGAGCGUCAUGCAGACGCUUAUGCCGCUGCAUCUCAGCUGGAAGCUAUGGAUUCGGAGCUGGUUCUGCUCCGAGUUAUUCUGGCUACAGGAAAGCUUCAUGCGCGGUAACUGGAACGUGUUCUAUAGAGGGGACUUCGAAAAAAAUUCUCGCACCGUCUUGAAGGAACAUUGUCACACAAUCAGGGCGCAUGUUGCACCGGAGCGGCUUCUGGAGUGGGAGAUUCAGGAUGGAUGGGAGCCGCUCUGCCAUUUUCUCGGCAAGACAGUACCAAAUACGCCAUUUCCAACACUGAACACGGGAAGGAACUACGAGGGUCUCUUCCGAGAACGAAUUGCCCGAGCGGACGGAAACAUCCUCCGGUUCUUGAUGGGCCUUGCAGUCCUUGCGAUCGCUUCCGCGGUGGCCUUCUGGGCUAAACACUUCGUGCUGUGA